CAGGGAACUGGCCAGGUGUGCCGAGAAGGUGCCAACUCCUUCUACAAAGCAGAGAAGUCUUUUCCAUCAUCAAAUGCAAAGCAGCCAGCCGUUUUUUUCCACCCUCACCCCUUCAGUCCCCGGCCCCCUCAUCCGGUGCCAGGAGGUAGGACAGGCUGGGAGGCGUUAACUAGCCCUCUGCUCUUUUGCCAGACCCCGGAGGCAGCUGCAGUUCCUACGCCAGCCAGCGGGCCCAUCUGCACUAGGCAGGCAAGCUUCGAGCUGACCCACGGCUUGCUUGCGCUAAGCCCAAAUUGAACUGUGGCAUCCGGGAAGCGGAGGGAGCCAGUCUAGAAACCUCAAGUGUGAGCAGUGGAGAAGCAGGUGGGAAGAGAGGCCUGAGCCUAGCUGCUGGCAUGCGGUGUGUGACCGGGCUGCAGACGAAUGGCUCGGGUCUGCUAGUGCGCUGCCUCCACCCCUGGCACUGAGGUUGGGAGUUGACGAAACUCCCUCACCUGUCGGAACCCGGAUCUGGCAGCGGGAAGGGGGCUGGCAGCCAGUGCCUGCUGGUUACAGCAAGCUUGGCAAGUGGCCCUGCCUGCACCAGGGCGCCACCGCCAAGGAGGCAGGUGUGAGUGAGACUGCUCUGCGCCCCAGCCUCUUGUUGCUCUCCUUUGUCCCCAGGCACCGUCGGCUUGGGGUAGGUCUUCAGGCAACUCCUGCAGACGCCUUGGCUGCAGGUUCGAGACGCCCCGCCUCCUCCUGUCACAUAGAGCCAUCAGUGCUGGAGGAACCUUCCAUUCGCCAAAAGUCUAAGGGUUGAGUUUUUCGGAACUUUGCAAACAGGGACUUGGCCCUUUCUCUGCAAGCCACGCCACAGCUGCUGCUAGCCUGCGACACCCUACAGUCCCGGAGAGACCAGUCUUGCAGUGGCACCGACGCCCCAACUUUUGAUUCGCGGUGUGCACUUGCCUACCUAGGUACCCAGCUACCGUGUCCGGGGACGCACGUCUUCUGCAGACAGCGCCACUCACACCGCCCAGCUCGCUCUUCUCUCCCUCCCAAGCGCGGGGUUGGGUGUCUGAUCCCGGACCACACAAGCGCUCAGGACUCGCCGGACCUCGGAACUGCCUUCGAGAAAGCCUUCGCUCAGAAGGUCGGAGCCUCUUACUCCAUACCACAGUCGGUUCAGGUGGUUUCCUCUUCAAACCCUGCGUCUGGCGAGGAUAAUCCGCACGGCCGGGCGUUAAGCUCCAGGUCCCCGUCGUUCCGUCGAGGUGGCAAGCCAUGGCCGGCUGCUGCUGUCUAUCCGCGGAGGAGAAAGAGUCGCAGCGCAUCAGCGCGGAGAUCGAAAGGCAGCUUCGCCGCGACAAGAAGGACGCGCGCCGCGAGCUCAAGCUGCUGUUGCUGGGAACUGGUGAGAGCGGGAAAAGCACCUUUAUUAAGCAGAUGAGGAUAAUCCAUGGGUCUGGCUACAGUGAUGAAGAUAGAAAGGGCUUCACAAAGCUGGUUUACCAAAACAUAUUCACGGCCAUGCAAGCCAUGAUCAGAGCAAUGGACACCCUGAGGAUACAAUACACGUGUGAGCAGAAUAAGGAAAAUGCCCAGAUCAUCAGGGAAGUGGAAGUAGACAAAGUCUCUGCACUCUCCAGAGACCAGGUGGCUGCCAUCAAGCAGCUGUGGCUGGAUCCGGGAAUCCAGGAGUGUUACGACAGGAGGAGGGAGUACCAGCUGUCAGACUCUGCCAAGUAUUACCUGACGGACAUUGACCGAAUCGCCAUGCCCUCCUUCGUGCCAACACAACAGGAUGUGCUUCGUGUUCGAGUACCCACCACUGGCAUCAUAGAAUAUCCAUUUGACCUGGAAAACAUCAUCUUUCGGAUGGUGGAUGUUGGUGGCCAGCGAUCUGAACGACGGAAAUGGAUUCACUGCUUUGAGAGCGUCACCUCCAUCAUUUUCUUGGUUGCUCUGAGUGAAUAUGACCAGGUUCUGGCUGAGUGUGACAAUGAGAACCGUAUGGAGGAGAGCAAAGCCCUGUUUAAAACCAUCAUCACCUACCCCUGGUUUCUGAACUCCUCUGUGAUUCUGUUCCUAAAUAAGAAGGAUCUUUUGGAAGAGAAAAUCAUGUACUCUCAUCUAAUUAGCUAUUUCCCAGAGUACACAGGACCAAAGCAAGAUGUCAAAGCUGCCAGGGACUUUAUCCUGAAGCUGUAUCAAGACCAGAAUCCUGACAAAGAGAAAGUCAUCUAUUCACACUUCACAUGUGCUACAGACACCGAGAACAUCCGCUUUGUGUUUGCCGCCGUCAAAGACACCAUCCUGCAGCUGAACCUGCGGGAGUUCAACUUGGUGUAAAAGGAGGGCCUGCUCCUCCCAGACAGACAGUGAGCUGAGCUCUUCCUGCCCCAUCUACAAGUGCUUCUGACCACCUGGACCAGGACCCAAGGACAUUACGUAGCCCACAGGGACAGAGAUGGGUAGUGCAAUGUGAAAAAUACUUUACCAACCCUUUCAAGUGUCUUUAAUUCUUGAUUGUCUAAUUCUUUUCUUAUCUUUUGGCUGAAAGAUUAAGUAUAAUUUUUGGAGUGAUUUACCCUCCCCCCUUUUUUAAACUAGUGUUCAACAGCUAUUAAAAAUCAUGCAACAGAGGGACUUGUUAAUUUACAAAUCAUGCCUUCAGACCUCUGAGAUUCAUUUAGGUGACUAAAACAUCUUCAUAGGCUUGAUAAUUUUAAAAUAAAUCUUUUAGGAAACAUUUCUAACAUUUCUUCCCCUUAAUGCUGAAGUAUGACUCAUGUAGCAAUUUACUAAACAACCAAAGACUUCUUUCUAUGCCUUUUUUGGGGGUUAUUUUUUAUUUUAAAAACAGGGUCUUAAGUAGCCCAGGCUGGCUUCCAAUUCAAAUUUGCUGUGUAAUUGAGCAUGGCCUUGGUCCUCCUGCCUGGCUGUUCCAUGCUCAGCUAGGAUUUUUUUUCUCUUCUGAGACAGGGCCUCAUGUAUUCCAUUCUGGUCUCAAACAUAACUCUGUGGCCGAGGAUGACUUUGGACUUCUAAUUCUCUUGUCUUCAUAUACACAACCUAUUUAAGGCAGUUCUCACCCUGUUGCUAAUUCCUAGCAUUAAGAGGUCCCAAACAGUGUGAUUUCACAUUGAUAUUUACAGGUUAGUAAUGCUUGGAUAUAUGUGUCACAUGAUCAGUCUAUGUGAUGCUUGGGAUGGAACCCAGGGCUUUGUGCAUGUUAGGCCAAUGUUCUGCUAACGGAGCUACACACCCAGCCAAAGAUUUCUUUAAAAAGCAGUUCUUUUCAUGUCAACUUUCUAAGCCAAAUUAAUAUUAUCAAAAUAUUAAUUUUGCCACAACUUGAUAAAACCAACUCUGACACAUGAUAAGUGGACUUUAGAUAUUGCAUGUGUGUGUGUGUCCCCUAAUGCAUAUGGCCAGGUCUUGUAGCUUAUGGAAUGGCUAAAGCGUAACUUGUUUAACAGAUGUUAUGUAAACCUUGCCAAAGCUCUGAUGGCAAUCACAAAUGUGCUGUUUGAACUGUGUACGCUGUGCCUUUCUGGAUACUAAGAAUACACUGUUCUACCCUGAA